UUUCCCUUACCAUUCUUUUGACCGGGAAUGCGCCAGGAGCACAAGGAAAAUCCCUCUUCAGAAGCCGUCGUCGGAAGUCCUAUCUCCGACGAGAACUCCAGUGAACUCUCCGGAUGUCUGCCACUGUGCGCCGACUUCACAUCACUCUCAAGGUCUCUAGCUCUUUCUCACUCUACCUUUCUCUCUCAACUUCACAAAACCUACUUGUGCAUUCUCUCUCUGUUCCUCAACAGACCCUAGAGACUUUUGAAUUUCAUCAAUCUUCUUACUACAGGAGCUCAAAUUCUCUUUCUUUUGAUUCCAAAUUUGAUUUUCUUGAGCAAUUUUCACCCUUCAAGAAUUUUUCUAACGCUUCAAGCACGGUUAUUAAUUCGAAUGAGAGGCGUAAAAUUUCUUCUGGUAUAGCAAAAAUGAUCAAACAAGAAAAGGGUUAUCUCUUACAGAAACUGGCCAAUAAUUUCUGCCCUCAUAUACUUGUAGAAAUCAUGAAAAUGCUUGAGAAACGGCAGGUGGCGUUUUCGUUUUUCAAAUUUCUAGUUCAGGAUAAUUUGGAAAGUGUGAUCUGGCGAAGUUGCAUUGCUGCACAUUUGUUGGCAGCUGAGGACUUGAGGUUUCUAGCACAAGAUGUGCUUACAUGGGUGAUUAGGAGAACAGGGGAGGAUAGGAGUAAUGAUGUGGUGGAGUUUAUGUGGAGAGAACAUUCUAGGUAUGAGUCAGAUUUUUCAGUUCUUGAUUCAUUAAUGCGUUCGUUCACAAAUGCAGAGAUGGGAUCACAAGCAUUAGAUGUAUUGGGAAGGAUGAGGGAGACUGGUAGUUGGCCAAGUUUAUCAGCGAUUAGCACUCUUUUAAAGCUGUUGAUAAGGGUUGGUGAUUAUGGUAGUGUCUGGAAGUUGUUCAGGGAUAUGGUUAAAAGAGGACCCCGUCCUUCAGUUUUUAUUUAUAAUGUCAUGAUCCUCGGUUUCUGUAGAAGAGGAUGUGUUAGGAUUGGAGAAAGUUUGUUGCAUGUAAUGAAGAAAUUUAGAUGCGAACCAGAUGUUUAUGCAUAUAACAUUUUGAUCAAUGCAUAUUGUGUUAGGGGGUGGACUUCAGAUGCUCUAAGUUGGGUGCGGUUGAUGGUUGAAAGUGGUUGCAAACCAAGCACUGUUACAUUUGGGACGGUCAUCAAUGCCUUCUGCAAGGAGGGUAACAUUGUGGAAGCAAGAAAUAUCUUCGACGGAAUGCAAGAGAUGGGUGUGUUGCCAAACACCGUAUUGUACAAUGCUUUGAUGAAUGGCUAUGUCAAGGCGAGAGAAGUCAAUCAGGCAAAUAUGCUUUAUGAAGACAUGAGAAGCAAGGGUGUGGCACCUGAUAGUAUAACUAUGAACAUUUUAGUUGCCGGGCAUUAUAAGUAUGGAAUGAAAGAGGAUGGUAACAAAAUUUUGAGGGAUUUAUCCUGUAAUGAGUUGAUUCCAGAUUGUUCGCUAUCUGAUAUAUCUAUAUCGGGGUUAUGUUGGUCUGGAAGAUUAGAGGAAGCCUUGGAAUUAUUAGAAAAUAUGCUUGAGAAAGGGAUACCUCUUAGUGUAGUUGCAUUUAACUCCAUUAUUACUGCAUACAGUGAAGCAGGUUUAGAAGACAAAGUUUUUGAAGUUUAUAACAUAAUGAUAAAAUUUGGUCUAACUCCUUCAGCUUCCACAUGCACUUCACUGCUUGUAGGUUUGUCUAAAGCAGGGAGGCACCAAGAAGCUAUGGAUCUCAUGAUUAAGAUGAUCAAGAAGGGUUAUCCUAUCAAUAAAGUGGCUUUCACUGUUGUUCUGGAUGGAUACUUUAAGAAAGGGGACAUGGUGGGAGCUCAGAUUGUGUGGGAAGAGAUGGAAAUAAUUGGAAUGGCUCCUGAUGCUGUUGCUUUUUCUGCCUUCAUUGAUGGACUUUGUAAAGCUGGCUUCGUUGAAGAGGCAUAUGAUGUUUUUUUGAAAAUGACAAGGAAAGGACUUGUCCCUAACAACUUUGCUUAUAAUUCUUUAAUUUCUGGUUUUUGUAACUCUGGAAAAAUAAAUGAAGCAUUGAAGUUGGAGAGGGAGAUGAGGCAGAGGGGUUUGCUUCCAGAUGUCUUCACCAUUAAUAUUAUCAUCAAUGGGUUCUGUAAACAGGGAAGAAUGAAGUCGGCUAUAGAUACUUACAUGGAAAUGCAUAAACAUGGGUUAACUGCAGAUAUUGUGACUUACAACACUUUGAUAAGCGGAUACUGCAAGGCAUUUGACCUGAUAAAUGCUGACAAUUUUGUAAACAGAAUGCACACUAGUGGGUGGGACCCAGAUAUUACAACAUAUAACAUACGACUUCAUGGUCUCUGCAGUAGUCGGAGAAUGAAUCUAGCUGUUAUGAUGUUUGAUGAUCUCAUUUCUGCUGGCAUGGUUCCGAAUACAGUAACAUACAACACUCUGAUGAAUGGUGUUUGUAAUGACAUACUUGACCGUGCAAUGAUUUUGACAGCUAAAUUGCUUAAGAUGGGAUUUGUUCCAAAUACGGUUACAACCAACUUACUGCUGUCUCAUCUAAUCAAACAAGGGUUGCCUCAGAGGGCUAUGAUGUGGGGCCAGAAGUUGAGUGAGGUCUCCUUUAACUUUGAUGAAGUAACAUACAAGAUACUGGACAGAGCGUAUAAUGAUUUACAAGUUGAUGCUGAAUAUACUCAACAAAUAACAGGAAAAAGUCUCUUCAUAGACUUUCUCAUGUACAUGACCUAUGACUAUAUACAUAGAAAUAGAUUUAACCAUAGCAUUAGAUUUAAUUCUCUUGAGUUGAUUGAUGGUGGAUUGAAUGCGCCUUUUGAGGUGAUCAACAGAUAAGUUUAAACUGAACGGGAAUAAGAUACAAGACUCGCGAGAAAUUGUUAUGUGGAUCAGGAAUGAGAGUAUAUGGAUUCCUGGAUGUGUCUUCCAUAGGUUUUGGAACAAUGGGGUGGGAACUCAUCAUUCAAGGAGCCCUCCAGGCAGACCCAUGCUUGAAUUUAGAAAUGGAAAUGAAAUGGGAGUGCGUGACCAUACUGGUAUCAUAACCUUUGGAAGACUACGGAUGCUCGUUUUGGGAAGUUCUCCCGAACUGGAUCAAGUAGGCAAAAUAUUCCCAAUAUCCGGCUAUUGAAGAGAUGUUCACCCCGCACAAGAAGCCUUAUAAUUGUAGGGUUUCUAUUUCAUGGAGAAUCAGUUGGGGGUGAAAAACAGAUGUGCAAUUAAGAUUGAAAAAUCCAAACUCAAUAUCUGGGAGUUCCCAUCAAAAAACGGUGCCAGAUGAUUCGGCGAAUGGUUAAUGAAGAUUAUUGCAAUAAAAUUGCAAGCUAAAGUGGCAGCCAUCUGCAACACAGUUUUACAGAAAGUUGUUGAAGCUCAAUAGCCAAUUACACAGUAAUUAUUUAAUGAGUAUUCCAGCGGGUACUGGCCUGGCGCGGGCAUACUUUUUAGGCAUGCUGGACCUAAAAAAUUCUGGAGCUGGCACAGCCUGUGCUGGGUUGCAUUGGCCUACGGGUUUUACAAUGUAUCGCACAUAGGCACAUAGCACAUUUUGGCAUCUCUACUAGUAGGUUCCGAAGUUUCUACUAUAGUCUAUAGGUUGUAAUAGAUACUAGCCAUGGUUAUCAGGCUUAUACUCAAAUAUAUGCAACACAAUCUGAUUAAGAUCAGAGAAAUUGGAAGAGAAAGUGAAGAGCAGAUGAUCAGGCCAUUCUUUGC